ACCUAAUCAACAGGGAAUUAACCAUAUAACUAUCGCCCCUGGUAUUCAUCCACUUGUCAAAAACAAAAUACUUUUAGACAGUAAAGGUAGUAUGAAACGAGCAAUGUUACACACAAGAGACUUUAGAUGGACCUCCAUAUCCUCUACGUUGCUUCCACGUCUUGCUUUGGCCAAAGAAAAGCCGGAUUCUGUUAUUUUGGGGAUUACGAGUACAGGAAAAGCCAAUAUUGAGAAGUAUCAACAUUUAGCUAAAGAAUGUAUCGAAACUGCACCCAAACCAAAUGACAUUCGUCUGUUUUGGAACAAAGCAGGUUUUACAAGAUUGGCUUUAAUACAACUUGGUGAAAAUACGAAUGCUACUUCUGUUCGUACAGCUGCUGCAAGUGCCGCCGCCUUGCUGAAGAAGAAUGGCGCUAAAAAUAUUGCCGUGGAUGACAUGGGACAUCCUGCAGCAGCUGCCAUUGGUGCCGCUCUUGGUACUUACGACUUUUCGCUUCGUCGCGAUCAGCUGGCUUUGACGCAAAACAACAGUCGUACGGAAAAGAAAGAUCUCUUUGGAGCCGAGCCUUCAGAGCCGGUUUCUUUCACUCAUCUUGGUGAUGAGACGAAGAAGGAUGAUUUCCACACGGGUUUGAUUGAGGCAUGUGCCCAGAACUUUGCACGUUCCCUCAUGGAAUGUCCUGCCAACUAUAUGACAUCUGUGCAGUUCUGUGACAUUGCUUCCAACGUUUUCAAGGACUCAUCCAAGGUAAAUGUGCUUGUUCACGAUGAGAAGUGGAUCGAUGAACAACGCAUGAACGGCCUGUUGUCCGUAAACGCUGGAUCUGUCAUUCCUCCUCGUUUCCUUGAAGUCCGCUACCAAGGUGCAUCAAACGCUGAUGACAAAUGGCUUGCUCUUGUGGGCAAAGGCAUCACCUUUGAUGCAGGUGGAAUUAGUCUUAAACCGUCUGCAAACAUGAAAGAAAUGCGUGCUGAUAUGGGUGGUGCUGCCGUCAUGUUGUCUACUGUAUUUGCCAUUGAAAAGCUCCAAUUGCCCAUUAAUGUUGUGUUUGUUACUGCCUUGACAGAGAACCUGCCAUCUGGUUCUGCCCAAAAGCCAGGAGACGUGAUCUUUAUGCGCAAUGGCUUGAGUGUUGAAGUUGAUAACACUGACGCUGAGGGUCGUUUGGUGCUGGCAGAUGCAAUUCAUUACGUCUCCGAAAUGUAUCCUACGAAGGCCGUCGUUGAAGCUAGUACACUUACUGGCGCAAUGCUUAUGGCCCUGGGAACCGUGUAUACGGGUGCUUUUGUUCAGGGCGAAGAAUUGUGGUCCAAGAUUGACCAAGCAGCAAAGGCUACUGACGAGCCUUUCUGGCGUAUGCCAUUCCAUGAUGCAUACUUAAAACCUCUGACAAAGUCCUCUGCGGCUGAUUUAUGCAAUGUGAGUCGCGGAACUGGCGGCGGUGCUUGUGCCGCCGCAGCAUUUGUCAAGUGCUUCCUUGCUAAUAAGGAUGAUGUCUUUGCCCAUCUUGACAUUGCCGGUGUUAUGAACAAAAAGGUGAACGCUUGGGACUUUGAUGGUAUGAGUGGCCGUCCCGUUCGCGCUCUCAUUGAACUUGCUCGUCUCUAUGCUGAGGCCAGACUUUAAUCGGCAGAACAGAACAUGAAUUUAACUCAAACUAAGCCGAAUGAUUCCCUAUUUUCCCCUCCUUUCGAAUUAAUUUCCGCCAAUCUUCAAUUGCACCUGGCUCGUACAUGACUAUUUUGUUUUCAUUCACCCUAUUGUGUUGGCGAAACAAACCUUGGAGCUACCAUUUGCUACAAUAUUCUUCUAUGAACUCAUCUGAAUCAACAUCUCCUUUCUACGCUAUGUUACGUUUUAAUACAUGUUUGAUGUAAACAACCGUAACUACCAAUAAAAAAAAUUUUGCAAGGCGUCUUCUAUUUCUACGAGCUCCUCGUUUAGGACAUACGUUUUGCUUCAUAUUUGUGGCUAUUAUAGCGAAGCAAGAAACAUCUUGUGUAUAUUUGCUAAUGACUCUAACAUGACUCAUCUCGACGCAACAAGCUGAUAAUAUUUGUGUAUAGCCACCGUCGUUGAAGACGAGGCGUACAAAUGAUUGCUUCAUUUACGGGACUUCGUCACCAUAUGCUAACUCACUCUCCGACGGCGACAUCUGGUACUAACAAAUUGUCUUUCUUCGGAGAACUUACUGAUACAUGUAAACAAUGAUGUGACUCGAAUAUGCAUGACAAUUUGGUAAUAUCGUCGUAGCACGAAAGUCUAUCCAAUACUAAACCAUCCUCGGUUUUGAGAUGGACCGACGAGGAUAAGUUAUGUAAUACGGAACGGGUUGUGAUUCAUUCAUUACCUGCGCACUUAUAUAUAAAGAAGAUUGCUUGUCUGCUUCCGGAGACCAUACAAGAUA